AUGGUCUCAUACAACUCAGAGGUUAAUUCCCCCAGUGCGAUCCUGGCACUCGCGGGAUUCAGUGGUUUAACCGCGCAUGUUUUUCUCUAUCGUCACGGAGAAUGGGAUCUCAAGGCCCCGCGCCUUGUGAUCGCAUACAUACUUCUCUUCCUAGGUGCUACAUUCCUGGAACGGAACAUGAAAAAUGAGCUCCCACUUGACGUACCAAGCCAUUUGGCUGCCAAACUUGUAGGAUGCCACAUCUUGGGUAUCUACACGAGUAUGCUCUUCUAUCGAGCCUUCUUACACCGUCUGUCACGGUUCCCUGGCCCAUUUCUUGCUAGAUUAUCAAAUUUCUAUGUGACUGCUCUAUCUGCCCGAAAGCUUCAUCCUUUUGAGGAGACUGAGAAGCUACACAAACGCCACGGAGACUACGUACGCUUAGGGCCUAAUGAGUUGUCUAUUACGGAUCCACGCGCAGUAAAGGCAAUAUACAGUGCUUCCGCAAAGGUCUCCAAAGGGCCUUGGUAUACGGUCUUGGAACCGCAAAUUUCCUUGCAUAUGGCCAGAAACAAGCAGGAGCACGCGCGGCGAAGGAAGGUUUGGGACCAAGGCUUUAGCUCCCGAGGUAUGAAACUCUUAUUUCCCGAGAUGACCACACAUGCACUCCGUGAUUACGAGCCUCGCGUCGCCCGUUACACGGACCAACUCAUCCAGGUCAUUGAAAGGGAGGUGGGAAAUGAAAUGGACAUUGCCAAGUGGUUCAAUUACUACAGCUUUGAUGUCAUGGGUGAUAUGUCGUUUGGAAAAUCCUUCAACAUGCUUAUUGAUGGCAAAGACGGUUAUAUCUUGAAGCAAUUGCAUGCCGAUGUGAAAGCCAAUGGACUUUUCGGCCAUCUCACCUGGCUCUUCCCAUUCUUCAAGAAAACGCCCGUGAUCAACGCGGACUAUCUCAGGUUUUGGAAAUGGGUGGGUGAGCGGGUGAAUGAGAGGAUUCAGAAUACUCCAGAUCGCCCAGAUGUGUUCUCGUGGAUCCUCAAAGCAUAUGAGCAAGGUCCAAAGACGAAGCAGGAUCAUCUUAACCUUAAUGGUGACGCAUACCUGAUUAUCGUAGCUGGAAGUGACACUACCGCUGCGACCCUCACCAACCUUUUCUUCCAUCUUGCCUCGGACCGCACUCUAUACAAGACACUCCAGACAGAGCUGGAUUCUCUCCCGAGCCUGUCUCAUGACAAGCUAGUAGGGGUAAAACUACUCGAUGCAGUAAUCAAUGAAACGCUCCGGCUCCACCCUGCCGUGCCUUCAGGAAUGCAGCGUUUGACUCCACCAGAGGGCAUCACUAUCGGCAGCACGUACGUUCCCGGGAACGUGAUGGUGUGCACUCCCUUACACACUUUGUUCAGAGUACGGGCAAAGGUUAACAGCGGUUCAGAUGAGCGCAUAUUCCCUCGCCCACUGGAGUUUUUGCCUGAGAGAUGGGAUACGCAACCAGAACUCGUCAAAGAUCCUACUGCAUUUAUUCCAUUCAACACUGGCACAUAUUCGUGCGUUGGGAAACAGCUAGGCCUGAUGGAGCUCCGCAGUGUAACUGCUGAGAUACUCGCUCGGUAUGAAGUCUCGUUCGCCCCAAACCAAACGGCGUCUGCCUUCCUCGAUGGAAAGCAGGACGCAUUCACUUUAGCUACGGGUCCAUUGAAGGUAGUAUUCCAGAAGAGAGAAAAUAAGGAAAAUUGA